AGCGAGCGAGAAGUUAUAAGUAAGAAGCGCGCGGCGGCCGCCGGCAGUUCCCCGGCCGAGAGAGCGAGCGCGGCUCCGGGCGCGCGGGGAGCAGAGGCGGUGGCGGGCGGCGGCGGCACCGGGAGCCGCCGAGUGCCCCUCCCCGCCCCUCUGGCCCCCCACCCAGCCACCCGCCCGUGACCCGCGCCCAUGGCCGCGCGCACCCGGCGCAGCCCCCAGGACUCCGCACCCCGCGCCACCGCCCAGCUCGCAGUUCCGCGCCACCGCGGCCAUUCUCACCUGGCGGCGCCGCCCGCCCACCGCCCGGACCACAGCCCCUGAGCCGCCGACAGCCACAGUGGCCGCGACAACGGUGGGGGACACUGCUGAGUCCAAAAGCGUGCAGCCUGGCCAUCGGACCUACUUAUUUGCCUUGCUGAUUGUCUAUUUUUAUAAGAGUUUACAACUUUUCUAAGCAUUUUUGUAUACAAAGGAACUUUUUAAAAGACAUCUCCGGUUUAUAUUGAAUCCAAAGAAGAAGGAUCUCGGGGAAUUUGGGGGUUUUGGUUUGGGGUUUCGUUUUUAAAGUUGUUUUUAAUAUUCGUUGACUUUGGGGUUCGGGUACCCCUCCCUCUUCUUCGGACUCCGGAGGACCUUCUGGGCCCCCACAUUAAUGAGGCAGCCACCUGGCGAGUCUGACAUGGCUGUCAGCGACGCUCUGCUCCCGUCCUUCUCCACGUUCGCGUCUGGCCCGGCGGGAAGGGAGAAGACACUGCGUCCAGCAGGUGCCCCAAAUAACCGCUGGCGAGAGGAGCUCUCUCACAUGAAGCGACUUCCCCCACUUCCCGGCCGCCCAUACGACCUGGCGGCGACCGUGGCCACAGACCUGGAGAGUGGUGGAGCUGGCGCAGCUUGCAGCAGUAACAACCCGGCCCUCCUACCCCGGAGGGAGACCGAGGAGUUCAACGAUCUCCUGGAUCUAGACUUUAUCCUCUCCAACUCGCUGUCGCACCAGGAAUCUGUGGCCGCCACUGUGACCUCCUCGGCCUCAGUUUCAUCCUCGUCCUCCCCGGCGAGCAGCGGCCCUGCCAGCGCGCCCUCCACCUGCAGCUUCAGUUACCCGAUCCGGGCUGGAGGUGACCCGGGCGUGGCUGCCGGCAACACAGGUGGAGGGCUCCUUUACCCCCGAGAGUCUGCGCCACCUCCCACGGCCCCCUUCAACCUGGCGGACAUCAAUGACGUGAGCCCCUCGGGCGGCUUCGUGGCCGAGCUCCUGCGGCCGGAGUUGGACCCAGUGUACAUUCCGCCACAGCAGCCUCAGCCGCCAGGUGGCGGGCUGAUGGGCAAGUUUGUGCUGAAGGCGUCGCUGAGCACCCCUGGCAGCGAGUACAGCAGCCCGUCGGUCAUCAGUGUUAGCAAAAGCAGCCCGGACGGCAGCCACCCCGUGGUGGUGGCGCCCUACAGCGGUGGCCCGCCGCGCAUGUGCCCCAAGAUUAAGCAAGAAUCGGUCUCCUCCUGCACAGUCAGCCGGUCCCUAGAGACCCACUUGGGCGCUGGACCUCAGCUCAGUAACGGGCACCGGCCCAGCACACACGACUUCCCCCUGGGGCGGCAGCUCCCCACCAGGACUACCCCUACAAUGAGUCCCGAGGAACUGCUGAACAGCAGGGACUGUCACCCUGGCCUGCCUCUUCCGCCAGGAUUCCAUCCCCAUCCAGGGCCCAACUACCCUCCUUUCCUGGCAGACCAGAUGCCAUCUCAAGUCUCAUCUCUGCAUUACCAAGAGCUCAUGCCACCGGGUUCCUGCCUGCCAGAGGAGCCCAAACCAAAGAGGGGAAGAAGGUCGUGGCCCCGGAAAAGAACUGCCACCCAUACUUGUGACUACGCAGGCUGUGGCAAAACCUAUACUAAGAGUUCUCAUCUCAAGGCACACCUUCGAACUCACACAGGUGAGAAACCUUACCACUGUGACUGGGAUGGCUGUGGGUGGAAGUUCGCCCGCUCUGAUGAACUGACCAGGCACUACCGCAAACACACGGGGCACCGUCCCUUUCAGUGCCAGAAGUGUGACAGGGCCUUUUCCAGGUCGGACCACCUUGCCUUACACAUGAAGAGGCACUUUUAAAUCCCACAUAGUGGACAUGACCCACACUGCCAGGAGAGAGUUCAGUAUUUUUUUUUAACCUUUCACACUGUCUUCCCACGAGGGGAGGAGCCCAGCUGGCAAGCGCUACAAUCAUGGUCAAGUUCCCAGCAAGUCAGUUUGUGAAUGGAUAAUCAGGAGAAAGGAAGAGUCCAAGAGACAAAAAAAAAUUAAAUAAAAAAUAAAAAAAUCAAAACAAAAAAAAAUACCAAAAACAAAGAAAAAACAGAGAAAAAAAAAAUCACAGAACAGAUGGGGUCUGAGACUGGAUCUUCUAUCAUUCCAAUAUCAAAUCCAACUUGAACAUGCCUGGACUUACAAAAUGCCAAGGGGCGGCGACUGGAAGUUGUGGAUAUCAGGGUAUACAUUAGAUCAAUGUGUUGGGGGAGGGAAGGCCAAAAUUCCCUUGAAUUGUGUUUAAUGAUGCAAUAUACAUGUAAAGAUCACCUUGUAUGCUCUUUGCCUUCUAAAAAGCCAUUAUUAUGUCAGAGGAAGAGGAAGCAAUUCAGGUACAGAACAUGUUCUAAUAGCCUAAACGAUGGUGCUUGUGAGUCGUGGUUCUAAAGGUACCAAAUGAGGGAGCCAAAGUUCUCCAACUGCUGCAUACUUUGACAAGGAAAAUCUAUUUUUGUCUUCCGAUCUACAUUUAUGACCUAAGUCAGGUAAAUAUACCUGGUUUAUUCUGUAACAUUUUUAUGCAGACAGUCUGUUAUGCACUGUGGUUUCAGAUGUGCAAUAAUUUGUACAAUGGUUUAUUCCCAAGUAUGCCUUUGAGCAGAACAAAUGUGUUUUUCUAUAUAGUUCCUUGCCUUAAUAAAUAUGUAAUAUAAAUUUAAGCAAACUUCUAUUUUGUAUAUUUGUAAACUACAAAGUAAAAAAUGAACAUUUUUGUGGAGUUUGUAUUUUGCAUACUCAAGGUGAGAAAUAAGUUUUAAAUAAACCUAUAAUAUUUUAUCUGAACAGAAA